UUAUUUUGCAUGGCUGGAGAGAUGGCUCAGCAGUUAGGAGCACCUGCUGUUCUUGUUAUUUUAUCUGCCUGGGUGUUUUGGCUGCACGUGUGUCUGUGCACCACAUGGAUGCCUGGUGUCCACGGAGGACAGAAAAGGGUGUCAGGUCUUCUGGAACUAGUUACAGUUGUGAGCUACCAUGUGGGUGCUGGUAACCAAACCUGGGUCUUCUACAAGAAUGGCAAGUAUUUUUGACCCCAGUGCCAUCUCACCAACCCUACAAUGUGAUUUUAUUGUUGUUACUUGUUUGUUUUUCGAGACAGGGUUUCUCUGUGUAAGCCUCUGCCUCCCGAGUGCUGGGAUCAAAGGUGUGUGCCACCACCACCCAGCCUGAGAUUUUUUUUUAAACUCUGAAAUUUUUCAUAUCCUUUUUGAUUCUCAAGUUUGGAAAAUGAGAUCAACUAUAGUAUGGACUGUGGAAUCUUCCUCUGUUCAGAAUGCUACCGAUCUGGCUCCCAAUAAUGGAUUAGGAAGGAUCUUGGGCAUAGUGGAGUAGCUCUAAACACUUGACCUCUGUCUGAGAAAGGCUGAAGGUCCCACACCUUCUUCCAAGGUCAGCAAUGGGUAGAGAUUUUGUAGUUAUCACAGGGUUCUCAGCCAGGCAGCCAAGGUCCCUUCCUCCCACUCUGCAGAGAAAAGAGGAGGUGGUUGAAGAAAGGAUAUGAGAUUGGUUCUCUGCUCCUCCCUUUCUCUCUGUUUUCUCCCCCACAACAGCCUUCUCCCCCACAGAGCCUGGGAGAGGAUGGAGGGGGCGGAGUUGGGGCUUGAGGGCUUGGAAGCCCUGGUGCCCUGCAUCUGUAGGAAGCCCUGGUGCCCUGCAUCAUCUGUAGGAAGCCUUGGCUGGGCUGGCUGUGAUGGUUUAUGCCGUCCUGCUGCCAUCCUUUAGCAGGAUGCUGGGGACACUGGGGCUCUGGACACUGCUUCCUGCGGUUGCACAAGUGUCCCCAGACAGGAGGACCUGUGUGUUCUUUGAGGCUCCUGGAGUUCGGGGAAGCACAAAGACACUGGGGGAAGUGCUGGAUACAAGACCAGGCCCCCUCAAGAGCAUCCGCUGCCUCUAUAGUCAUUGCUGCUUUGCCAUCUGGAAUCUGACCCAUGGCCGGGCACACGUGGAGAUGCAAGGAUGCCGGGACAGUGACGAGCCAGGCUGUGAGUCCCUGCACUGUGACCCAGUCCCCCGAGCCCACCCAAGCCCCGGCUCCACUCUCUUCACAUGCUCCUGCAGCACGGAUUUCUGCAAUGCCAAUUACAGCCUUCUGCCUCCUUCAGGGAACCAAGGGGCUCCUGGCCCCCAGGACCCCCAGCCCACCCCAGGUGGGCCCAUCUGGAUGGCACUGCUGCUGCUGGGGAUGUUCCUUGUGCUGCUGCUGGGCAGCAUCAUCUUGGCCCUGCUACAGCGAAAGUCCUGCGGAGUGCAUAGUGGGUCAGACCCGGAGCCAGACUCAGGAGGUGACUGCAGCGAGGACCUGCCGGAGCUGGCUGGGCUAUGCUUCUCCCAGGUCAUCCAAGAAGGAGGUCACGCAGUCGUGUGGGCCGGGAGGCUGCAGGGUGAGAUGGUAGCCAUCAAGGCCUUUCCCCCAAGGGCUGUGGCCCAGUUCCGAGCUGAGAGAGCUGUGUACCAGCUGCCCGGCCUGCAGCACGAUCACAUUGUGCGCUUUAUCACUGCUGGCCAGGGGGGCCCUGGCCCCCUGCCCUCUGUGCCUUUACUGGUACUGGAACUGUACCCUAAGGGCUCCCUGCGUCACUACUUGACGCAAUAUACCAGCGAUUGGGGGAGUUCCCUGAGGAUGGCUCUGUCCCUGGCCGAGGGCCUGGCGUUCCUCCAUGAAGAGCGCUGGCGGGAUGCCUUGGAUUUCCCCACAGGCCAAUAUAAACCAGGCAUUGCUCACCGAGACCUGAGCAGCCAGAAUGUGCUCAUUCGGGAAGACAGGUCAUGUGCCAUUGGGGACCUGGGCCUUGCCUUGGUGCUCCCUGGCCUUGCUCGGACCCCGGCCUCAGCACCCACCCAACCCCGAGGCCCAGCUGCCAUUUUGGAGGCCGGCACCCAGAGGUACAUGGCUCCAGAGCUCUUGGACAAGACUCUAGACCUACAGGACUGGGGCACAGCCCUCCAGAGAGCAGAUAUUUACUCCCUGGCUCUGCUCCUGUGGGAGAUCCUCAGCCGCUGUUCAGAUCUGAGGCCUGACCGCAGACCACCACCUUUUCAGUUGGCCUAUGAGGCAGAACUGGGCAGCAAUCCCAGUGCCUGUGAGCUCUGGGCCUUGGCAGUAGAGGAGAGGAGGCGCCCCAACAUCCCGUCCACCUGGAGCGACUCUGCCACAGACCCCGGGGGGCUGAAGGAGCUCCUGGAAGACUGCUGGGAUGCAGACCCAGAAGCACGGCUAACGGCUGAGUGUGUGCAGCAGCGCCUGGCAGCCCUGGCUGACCCUCAGCUGGCUUCCUCCUUCCCAGAGAGCUGUCCACAGGCCUGCACCCCUCUCUGCCCAGAAAACUGUCCGUCAGCAACUGCCUCUCCCACUGUCCCCUGCAGGCCUCAGCAGGGCUCCUGCUACCUCGGUGCUCAGCCUGUCAGUACCAGUGUUCGUGUAUAAACGAGCAGCUGGUGUGAACUCUAUACAGCUAACAUACACGUGGCGAUCACAUGCCUGUUGCUGUCAUUCUCUGUGGGCUUAUACCCAUGGGGUACAUAUGCUCAGGAAAGAGAGUAAAGAUUUCCCACUGUUG